GAUACUUGGAGGGAUGCUCAUAUGAGAAAAUCGACAAAAUCUUUUGUCAAUGAGGCAGCUCAACAAGAUUAUGAAAAAAUGGCGGCUGAGGUUGAGAGGUCACAGAAUGAGAGGCAAAGUCAACAGCAGAGUGAGGCAUCUCUAAAUGUAUCUGGUGUUGAUUCGUCCCCGGUCGAUCAAUACGAGAUACUAAGUAAAGUACUCGGGGAGAGAUCUGACUACCAAAGAGGAGUGGGUUAUAGGGCGAAAGGGAAGGCAAAAAGGACAUCCUCUAGCUCUACAGAUCAAAGUCAGUCCCAAGCAAAUACUGCUGCUUCGCCUAAUGAAGAUAUGAGAGUUAUGGCUUUGCUGGUGAAGGCAAUUCGUGAGACAUUUGAGACUUCGACAACUGUGCAUCCCAGUAAACUGUAUAACCCAAUGUUUGACAGUUUUCUGCAGAGGCAUUUGCCACCACAAUCCGAAGGUGCUUCGUCUUCUCAGUCUCCGUCACAGCAGUAUCAGCCUCCGUCACAGCAGUAUCAGCCUCCUUCACAGCAGUAUCAGCCUCCUUCACAUCAGCAGUAUCAGCCUCCUUCACAGCAGCAGUUCCAGCCUCCUUCACAGUAUCUGCCGCAGCAGCUGUACCAGCCUCAUCCAAUGUAUCCGCCACAUAUGUCGUCGCAACAACCUCCUCAGUAUCAAAACCAAUACAUUUUUGGAACCCAUUCUCAGUCUCCUCCACAAUAUUUUAGUUUUACCGAUUUUCCAGGAGGAUCGAUGCAGCCUCCGCCACAGCCACAGCCUCGAGAUCUGUUUGGGGACCUCACGCUCGGACGAUCAUCACAACCACCAUAUAUUCCUUCACCGCCACCGCCACCGCCGCCACAGCCACCGCCACCGCCACCGCCAUCGUCACAGCCAUCAUCCUCACAGCCAGACCAAAAUGUUGAAGAUGAGGACAAUUUCAAUAUUAAUCUUAAUGACUUUCUUUAGUUACUAGUUUAUAUAUUUGGACUGAAUUAAUACUUUAUUUAUUUUUAAUGACUAUAGUGAUAUUUACUAGGUUGAUAAAUAUUAA